UCAAAAGAGUUUGGAGCAAAAUUAUUGCUUCUUUCUUCUCUCUAAAUCACUCUAUAUAACCCAUCCUCACCCUUCUUCCUUAACGUUGUAAGCUUCCCUCCUUUCUCGAGUUUCGACCUUUCUUGUUCUCUCUUGGUUCUGCAAAUGUCUCAAAUCACAAUAAAAUCUCCAAAACACUGCGCCAGCAAACAAGGACAUCACAUUGAGGGGAACUACAAGAAGUUCUUCUUCAUCAUCUCCUCAUGUUUCUCCAUACUUUUGCUUCUAAUCCUUCUCAUCUGGCUCAUCCUUCGCCCUUCCAAGCCUCAAUUCUCCCUCAAAGACCUUGACAUCUACCAGCUCAAUCUCUCUGGCCCUUACCUCAACUCCUCCAUCCACCUCUCCCUUCUCUCCAAAAACCCCAACCAGAAAGUCGGCAUUUACUACGAAGACUUUCAGGUCUACGCCACCUACAAGAGCCAGCAGAUAACAAUGGACUCCUCUCUUCCUCCUUUCUACCAGACCCAACAAGAAAGCAAUCUCUUGUCUGCUUCCUUGCUGGGAAAUGGCAUCCCUGUAUCCCCCUCCCUUGGUUAUGAAGUGGCUCGUGAUCGAUCUGCUGGCAGACUGGUUUUGAAUGUUAAGAUUAAUGGCAAGCUUCGAUGGAAGGUCGGAACUUGGGUGUCUGGUCGUUCGAGGUUUAAUGUUAAUUGUGUUUCGUUCGUUGCUUUUGGACCCUCUGUGCCUUCUGGUCCUCUAAGUUCAAACCAGGGGGCUCAGUGUUCUGCGGAUGUUUGAUUUUUUUUUUUUUUUUUACCAUCGUUCUACGGAUGUUUGAUUAAAUUUACUAUACUGAUCACAGUAAUAUAGCUUGCUGCCAUGAGUGGUAAAGUUUUCCUAUUUGGUUUUCAGCUUUUGGUUGGCUUUGAUGUUGAGAUCUGUACAUGUAAAAAUAUAUGAAUGAUAGGGCCAAAACUCAUGGGUGAGAACGAAAAAGCUUGCCUCCUUAUUAUUA